UUAAAAGAUCUGGUAUAUUUCGUGGUGAUUUUGGUGAUAUUCAUUUUAAGUUUUGGUAUUGCCACAGAAGCCAUACUAUAUCCCAAUAUGGAACCACAAAUAUAUGUAAUAUUCAAAUCACUCUACAAGCCGUACUGGCAGCUCUAUGGGGAACUGUUUCUUGAAGAAGUUGAAUGUUUGAUUGAUAAUGAGACAUGUCAUACUGAUCCUAGAUAUUUGGACACGUGCCCAGAUGUUCCAGAUAACAUACGCUGGGUGGCACCAACAUUAACUGCGAUUUAUAUGUUAAUAUCAAAUAUAUUACUUAUCAAUCUACUCAUUGCCAUGUUCAGCUAUACAUUUCAGAAAGUUCAAGACAAUUCUGAGACAAUCUGGAGGUUUUAUCGUUAUGAAUUAAUCAGCGAGUAUCAUGACCGACCAACACUAGCACCACCACUGAUUAUCAUCAACCAUGGUUACAGAAUGGCUAGAUAUCUCUAUCAUCAAAUAAACCUCAAGGUUGAAUUAAACGAAAUUGAAAAUAUGCAUAACAAGAAAAAAGAAGAAAAAGACAAGAAGAAAACUGAAAUUAAAAAUAAAUUUGACAGAGACCAAUCACAUACAUUGAGAGUGUGUUUAGAUGAGAGACUUGAAGAUUACUUGAAUUCAUUUGAAAGGAAAUGCAUGGGGAAUUAUUUCAUCAAAAUAAAUCAAGAAUAUGUUCAGUCUUGGGAAAGUACUGUGUCUUCCACUGGAGAAAGAUUAGUUAAAGUAAUGCAUGAAGUAGAAGAAAUGAAGGAAUCAUUUUACGAUAGCAAAAAUGUACAGCAAGAUGGUCGAGGUGAUAGGAAAGAUGUACAGCAAGAUGGUCGAGGUGAUAGGAAAGAUGUACAGCAAGAUGGUCGAAGUGAUAGGAAAGAUGUACAGCAAGAUGGUCGAGGUGAUAGCAAAGAUGUACAGCAAGAUGGUCGAGGUGAGAGCAAAGAUGUACAGCAAGACAGGCGAGGUGAUAGCAAAGAUCCUCAGAUGUCAUUUGUCAGUCAUCAAAUGGGUCAGAUGAAUGACAGAAUUGGAGGUCUAGAAUUGAAAAUGGGGAAAAUAGAAACAGACAUGAAAAAAAUGUUACAGAUCUUAGAAGGGAACUCACAAGCUCUUCUACCAUAG